AUGGGACAUAUUACAGACAGUUUUACUAAUCAAUGCACUCACCGUAUAACUCUUAAUACUAUCAAAGGUUUUGCAUUACCUUUUGAUCGCUUCUCUUUAUCUGGCCUGUUUAGUCGCGGAAUUGACGAGCCAGAUAGUGCCGCGAGGGAUGCGUCGCAGAAGCAUCUUAAAAGUAAAGAAGAACAAGAGGAAGAAGCUUUGAAUAGGAUUUUGGAAAACACGCAACAUAACAUCAUCGAUGUCUCACACUUAGAUGGAAUGACCUUGAACACAUCAGAAUAUCUUGCACGUGCGCAGCAAUAUGAAGAAGCGAUUCGUGUACACGACCAGAACAUAUCCCGUGGGGUAAAUGGAGCACCGCGAAGUCCUAGUCGUCACAGUAAACGACUUCUUGAAGACUGCGGCAAUAAAGUGGCAGACUGGCUGGGAAGGCCGGGACCUUCUGUAGAAAAUUCCGCGGAAUUACGCCGUAUAACUGCAGAGUGCGUUUUUGUCUCUUUCUUUUAA